AUGACUCAUUGGAAGGUGGACAUCAAGCGACCAUUCCAGAUUGUGUCGAUGGACUUCGUAAUUCCGUUGCCGAAAUCUCGGCGAGGUAACACUGCGCUGCUGCUAUUCCGGUGUACUUUCACUGGGUUUGUCGUUGCUAAACCAAUGUCGGACACCACAGCAUUCAAAGUCGCUCAGGUAUUUGAUGAAUGUAUUUACCGAUGGUUCGGGGCACCGUCGUUAAUAAACCAUGAUAGGGACCCCCGCUUUAUGAGCAAAGUAGUCCAAGCGUUUGCCGAGAUGAUGCAGUCAAGAUCGAGAGCAACUCCGAGUUAUCGACCAAAAGCCAACGGGCAGGAAGAAAGAUCAGUUAAAACGGUAAUGCAGUCCGUAAAAGGCUAUGCCGAAGACCCACUUCAGCAAGACUGGAACGAGAUUGCAGAGCAUCUAGUUUUCGCCAUCAAUAACUCAAUGGACACCACCAGGAAGGAAAUGCCUUUCUACCUAGCCCACGGAUGGGAUGCCAGUUCGACAAUGAAGGUGAUGACGACGUCUCUUCGACACGGAACUUCGAAGCAGUCCGAAGGUUUAGCGUGGCGACGGGAAGUCAACCGAUAA